AGGCACGAUGCUCCUGGCUCUGCAGUGCUAGCUUUGCACGCUGCAUGGAACUAUGACACCGGGAUUUGGAAGCCUCAUGCAGGAUGUGCUCUGGUGCUUCAGUCAAGUAAAAGGAGCCAUAGAUGCUGGGGUGACAGAAUCUGACAUCAUCUCCACAGUCGAGUUCAACCACACUGGGGAGCUGCUGGCCACAGGGGACAAGGGCGGCCGCGUUGUGAUAUUCCAGCGUGAGCAGGAGAGCAAGAACCAGCCCCACCGCAGGGGAGAGUACAAUGUCUACAGCACCUUCCAGAGCCACGAGCCCGAGUUCGAUUACCUGAAGAGCCUGGAGAUCGAGGAGAAGAUCAACAAGAUCCGAUGGCUGCCGCAGCAGAACGCGGCCUAUUUCCUGCUCUCCACCAACGAUAAGACUGUGAAGCUAUGGAAGGUCAGCGAGCGGGACAAGAGGCCGGAGGGAUACAACCUCAAGGACGAGGAUGGCCGACUGCGAGACCCCUCCAUGAUCACCGUGCUGCGGGUGCCCGUGCUGCGGCCCAUGGACCUGAUGGUGGAGGCCACUCCGCGCAGGGUGUUUGCCAACGCGCACACCUACCACAUCAACUCCAUCUCCGUCAACAGCGACUACGAGACAUACAUGUCAGCGGAUGACCUGAGGAUAAACCUGUGGAACUUUGAAAUCACAAAUCAAAGUUUUAUUUUUGAAGAGCCCGAGGACCCAAGUAACCGGUCGUUUUUUUCCGAGAUCAUCUCCUCAAUCUCUGAUGUCAAAUUCAGCCACAGUGGAAGGUACAUCAUGACCCGGGACUACCUCACUGUCAAGGUGUGGGACCUGAACAUGGAGAACCGGCCCAUUGAGACCUACCAGGUCCACGACUACCUGCGGAGCAAGCUGUGCUCGCUCUACGAGAACGACUGCAUCUUCGACAAGUUUGAGUGCGUCUGGAACGGCUCUGACAGUGUCAUCAUGACCGGCUCCUACAACAACUUCUUCCGCAUGUUCGACCGCAACACCAAGCGCGACGUGACGCUGGAGGCGUCGCGGGAGAACAGCAAACCCCGUGCCAUCCUCAAGCCCCGCAAGGUCUGCGUGGGUGGGAAGCGCAGGAAAGACGAGAUCAGUGUGGACAGUCUGGACUUUAGCAAAAAGAUCCUGCACACAGCUUGGCACCCCUCCGAGAACAUCAUCGCUGUGGCAGCCACGAACAACCUGUACAUAUUCCAGGACAAGGUUAACUAGGAGGACCAGGUCUUCUUUAGGAGUCUCAUGUACUGAUACCAGUAAACACAUCGUUUCAACUGUUCCUUUUCUUUUUCUUUCUUUCUUUCUUUCUCUCUUUGUUUUUCCUUUCCCUCCUGUUCUUUGUUCAGUCCCUGCUCUGCAGAUGGCGGUUGUGCAGAGGAGCGCUGGGGCACUCCAGCCCAGGGGCCACUGGGGGCACUCCCAGACACCAGAUUUACACAGGGCAGAGUGAGGAUGCCAGGCCUGGCUGUCCCUGUCCCCAGGCACGUCCCCAGGCAGUGCUGGGUGGCAGCAGCCGAUGCUGAGGAGGUGAUGGGGAGGGGGCUGUCAGCUGGAAGGGAUUGAUGGGGUAACACACCACGGGCUCUGGCCAGCUCUGGUGGCAGUGGUCCCACUCCAAUUGCUUUCAACCUGAUCCCAGAAAUAUUCCACCUGUUGUGUGGAAGAUUGGAAUGUUGCCUCCCUUUGCCAUUUUCCACAUUUGUCUUUUUAUUACAAUUAUUUUGUUUUACUAACAGAGACAGCAAAACCAAACGUAAAAUGGAAAAGUUCAGUUUUGCAAAGGACAAGCUUAAGGAGCAGGGGGGAUGUGCUGCACCUCCAGCUGUGUCUGCUCCAGCCAGGUUGCACCCCCAGCCCCAGAACCCUCCUGAGGAUUUGGCUUUGUAGAUACUGUGGUGCCUUCUUUGGUAUAUGAAAUACCUUUAUAAAUGAUGCUUCCGACCUGCAUUGAUCGCAAACCAAACCAACCCUGGGCUCUGCUGCAGUUCUGGGCUUUGCUUUGGUCAUUUUUCUCAUUCUGUUGUGAGCUCUUGCAUGUUGUGACUGACUGUCUCUCUCUCUCUUUCUCUCUCUCUUUCUCUCUUUUUUAAUUAAUUUAUUUAUUUAUUCAAUUUUUUUAAGAUAAAGUAUAAGUUGCUAAUUUAUGACCUAAAAAAAAAUCCAACUGUAUAUUGCUGUUAGCCCCUGACUGUGUCAGAGAGAGGCUGUCUGCAGUCCUACAUUAUAAUAACAAUGAUAAUAAUAAUAAUAAAACCGGUAACUCUUUCUCUUUGCAUGGCGAGGCUGCCCCUUUCUACUCUACAGAUUGGUCAGGUCCCUCUUUACUUGAGCAACUGUUCAAUAAAAAAAGAUUGACUGGAUUUUCUGUAAAUCUGAAAACUGCUCCUGCAGCAAGAAGCAAAUGAAGUCAAUUACAAAAUUCAACACCGUCACUUUGGCAGUGGCGCCCCAGGGGUGACCCCAUUGCCGUCCUCCUGAGGGGACACCUGGCACCCCCGGCAGCCCAGGCCUUCAGGGAUGGGACACGGUCACCAGGGCCAGGUGUGCCCCGGGACAGCCUCUCUGCGGGCACCACGAGGAUCCAGGGACAGGGACUGCUGCACACCACAGAGCUCAUGGACUGCACGCAAAACCAGGAGCUGCCUGGAGACAGGGCCCCCCAACGCCACCUUCAGAGGAGCCAUUCCAAGGGAAGAACAAAGUGCACUGGCUUAUGAAUUUAUUCCAAGGGAUGGCUUUCAGGAGUAACUUUUUUUUUUAAAUGAAAUGGUAAAAUAAAAUAGCAAGUAAAUGCACCAUUUUAUAAGAAAAUGCUCCUUUUUGGUUGUGAAAGGAAAGCCUGCGCUGCAGUGUCAGAAGUAAAGUUGUCCCAAACGUG